AUGACCGCCGCAGCACUGGAGAGCAGCGUCCGCCAUUAUGGCUCCAACGGCAAUGGCGGAAACGAACAUAGCUCCCAACGCGGUCGUGUGGGGACAAGUGCGCCCUCCUCGGAGCAGGAUCGUACCGAGGUUUCGAGCGAUGUGGAUGAAAUGACACCACUCCUCAAGUGUGUCGUCCCGCCCACGCCAUUGCCCAUCGCACAGCUGCUCAUCGUUCUGUUCCUUCGCGUGACGGAGCCGAUAGCAUAUAUGGUAUGCUUUCCGUUCAUCAACCAAAUGCUCCUCGAUAUUGGGGCUGUGGAUGACCCCAAGAAGGCUGGAUUCUACGCCGGUAUUGUCGAGUCUGUCUUUGCAUUCACCGAGCUCCUCACCGUGUUUCACUGGGGAAAGGUCAGCGACAGGAUAGGACGCAAGCCCGUUCUCCUCAUCGGCUGCGCUGUCGGCGCUGUGUCGGCCAUUGCGUUCGGUGCCAGCAGGAGCUUCACAGCCCUCGUAAUCACGAGGGCCAUCAACGGCCUUGCAAAUGGCAACGUUGCGGUUCUGAAAAGCGUCAUUGGCGAGCUCACCGAUGAGACCAAUCAGGCCCGCGCGUUUAGCUUCUUCCCCCUAUCCCUGGCGAUCGGCAGCAUUCUCGCGUCGUGUAUGGGUGGCUACCUGUCCAACAUUGCACGUACGUUCCCCUCACUGGGGGACUCAUACCCUAUUCUCCGAGCAUACCCGUACCUUCUUCCGUCGGUCGCCGCUGCCUGCUUUCCCAUCGUGAGCGGCAUCAUCGCCGCUGUCUGGAUGGAGGAGACACUGCCUCCAAAGAAGACUGCUGAGGACUGCACGGACGAAGACGAACAAGAGGAGGAGAGUCACGGGGCCUUCAAGCUUCUUCAAAACGCAGACAUCCGCGUCCUCAUGUGGAGCUUCACUGUUAUGUCCCUCGAAUCAAUCGCCUAUCAGGCUCUCCUGCCACUGUUCUUCUUCACGCCAGUCCGCGACGGAGGGCUUGGAUUUUCCGAAGCACAGAUUGGCACAGCGCUCAGUAUUCGCGGCGUCGCCACUAUCGCAGUGCAGCUGUUCGCCUUUCCUCACCUCGUGCGAGCCGUCGGCAACACGCGACUGUUCCGGAUCCUCGUCGUGCUCUACAUACCGACAUUCCUCCUCCUCCCGCUCCUCAACGUGCUUGCUCGUGCCGGCGCGCCCGCUCCCGUUUGGGUGGGUGUCGCCGUCGUACUUGCUCUUGGAGCCAUCUCCAACAUGGCGUUUGCGAGCAACCUGAUCAUGACCAACGAUGCGGUGCCUAACCGCCGCUCCCUCGGUGCCUUGAACGGCCUUGCAGCCAUGUUCUCCUCGGCCACGCGCGUUGUGGGUCCCAGUGCUGCCAACUCUCUGUUCGCGCUGUCUGUCGACAGGCAUGCGCUCGGCGGUAACCUCAUCUGGGCGUUCAUGACGUGUCUGGCUCUGGUCGGGUGGCAGUCGAGCUGGCAUUUGAAGGCCAAGUAUGGGAGGCAGUGA